UUUGUCCGCGCGGCUGUGCGCGCGGGUGGCAGCGAGGUGGGCGGUGCGCUCGGGCGGGAGGUGUGUGCGCCGGUACCGCGCUGUCCCCCCUGCGGUGCCCGCUCUGGCCGCCACCGCCGCCUGGGGCAUUGGCCCCGGGACCCCUGACCCUGAUCCACGCCCAAACCCUGGCGCCCGAGGGCCAUGGCCGGCCAAGGGGACUGCUGCGUCAAGGUGGCCGUCAGGAUCCGGCCGCAGCUGCCAAAGGAGAAGAUCGAGGGCUGUCACAUCUGCACGUCCGUCACCCCGGGCGAGCCCCAGGUGCUCCUGGGCAAGGACAAGGCCUUCACCUACGACUUUGUCUUCGACCUGGACACCUGGCAGGAGCACGUCUACACGACCUGCGUCCGCAGGCUGGUGGAGGGCUGCUUCGAGGGCUACAACGCCACGGUGCUGGCCUACGGGCAGACGGGGGCCGGGAAGACCUACACCAUGGGCACUGGCUUCGACACAGUGAUGGCCGAGGAGGAGCAGGGCAUCAUCCCCAGGGCCAUCGCACACCUCUUCGGGGGCAUCGCUGAGCGCAAGCGGCGGGCCCAGGAGCAGGGGGUGGCCGAGCCAGAGUUCAAAGUCAGCGCUCAGUUCCUGGAGCUCUACAACGAGGAGAUCCUGGACCUGUUCGAUGGCACCCGGGACCCCGACGCCCGCCACCGCAAGUCCAACAUCAAGAUCCACGAGGAUGCCAACGGCGGCAUCUACACCACGGGCGUCACGUCCCGCCUGGUCAACUCCCAGGAGGAGCUGAUCCAGUGCCUGCGGCAGGGCGCCCUGUCCCGCACCACGGCCAGCACGCAGAUGAACGUGCAGAGCUCGCGUUCCCACGCCAUCUUCACCGUGCACGUCUGCCAGAUGCGGGUCUGCGCCCAGACGGAGCUGGUGGCCGAGACGCUGCCCGGGCUUCCCGAGGCCGCGACGCCCAGGAGGGAGUUCGAGACGCUCACGGCCAAGUUCCACUUUGUGGACCUGGCCGGCUCCGAGCGGCUGAAGCGGACGGGGGCCACCGGCGAGCGGGCCAAGGAGGGCAUCUCCAUCAACUGCGGCCUGCUGGCCUUGGGCAACGUGAUCAGCGCCUUGGGGGACCAGAGCAAGAAGGUGGUGCACGUGCCCUACAGGGACUCCAAGCUCACCCGGCUCCUGCAGGACUCGCUCGGGGGCAACAGCCAGACCAUCAUGAUCGCCUGCGUGAGCCCCUCGGACCGGGACUUCAUGGAGACGCUCAACACGCUCAAGUACGCCAACCGCGCGCGGAACAUCAAGAACAAGGUGGUGGUGAACCAGGACAAGACGAGCCAGCAGAUCGGCGCGCUGCGGGCCGAGAUCGCGCGCCUGCAGCUGGAGCUCCUGGAGUACAAGGCGGGCAAGCGGGUGAUGGGGGAGGACGGCAGCGAGGGCUACAGCGACCUCUUCCGGGAGAACGCCAUGCUGCAGAAGGAGAACGGGGCGCUGCGCCUGCGGGUGAAGGCCAUGCAGGAGGCCAUCGACGCCAUCAACAGCCGCGUCACCCAGCUCAUGAGCCAGGAGGCCAGCCUGCUGCUGGCUAAGGCCGGGGACGGCAACGAGGCCAUCGGCGCCCUGAUCCAGAGCUACAUCCGGGAGAUCGAGGAGCUGCGGACGAAGCUCCUGGAGAGCGAGGCCAUGAACGAGUCCCUGCGUCGCAGCCUCUCCCGGGCCUCGGCGCGGGGCCCCUACGCCCUGGGUGCCUCCCCGGCGGCCCCCGGCUUCGGCGGCAGCCCGGCCAGCUCCAUGGAGGAUGCCGCCGAGGUGAUCCGCCGGGCCAAGCAGGACCUGGAGCGCCUCAAGAAGAAGGAGAUCAGGCAGCGGAGAAGGAGCCCGGAGAAGGAGGCCUUCAAGAAGAGGGUGCCGCUGCAGCAGGACAACAGCGAGGAGACGGAUGAGAACGAGGACAACGAGGCGGAGGAGGAGGAGGAAGAGCCGGACGAGAGUGGCUGUGAGGAGGAGGAGGAGGAGGGGCGUGAGGAUGAGGAUGAGGACUCGGGCAGCGACGAGAGCCUGGCCGACUCGGACUCGGACGCCGAGGGGAAGGAGGUGAACUACCAGGCCGACCUGGCCGACCUGACCUGCGAGAUCGAGAUCAAGCAGAAGCUGAUCGACGAGCUGGAGAACAGCCAGCGGCGGCUGCAGACGCUCAAGCACCAGUACGAGGAGAAGCUGAUUCUGCUGCAGAACAAGAUCCGGGACACCCAGCUGGAGCGCGACCGCGUGCUGCAGAACCUCAGCACCAUGGAGUGCUACACGGAGGAGAAGGCCAACAAGAUCCGGGCCGACUACGAGAAGAGGCUGCGCGAGAUGCACCGGGACCUGCAGAAGCUGCAGGCGGCACAGAAGGAGCAUGCGCGGCUGCUGAAGAACCAGUCCCGCUACGAGCGGGAGCUGCGGAAGCUGCAGGCCGAGGUGGCCGAGAUGAAGAAGGCCAAGGUGGCCCUGAUGAAGCAGAUGCGCGAGGAGCAGCAGCGGCGGCGGCUGGCGGAGACCAAGAGGAACCGGGAGAUCGCGCAGCUGAAGAAGGAGCAUCGGCGACAGGAGUUUCAGAUCCGAGCCCUGGAGUCCCAGAAGCGGCAGCAGGAGCUGGUCCUGAGGAGGAAGACCCAGGAGGUGUCCGCACUGAGGCGCCUGGCCAAGCCCAUGUCUGACCGGGUGGCGGGGCGCGUGGGGCUGAAGCCGCCCAUGCUGGACUCGGGGGCCGAGGUGUCGGCCAGCACCUCGUCGGAGGCCGAGUCGGGGGCCCGCUCCGUCUCCAGCAUCGUGCGCCAGUGGAACCGGAAAGCCAGCCACUUCCUGGACCACCCGGCGUCCAGCGGCCACGGCGCCCGCCCGGCCAGGAAGAAGUUCCAGAAGAAAGGGGCCGGCCAGAGCUUCAGCAAGGCUGCGCGGCUCAAGUGGCAGUCGCUGGAGCGGAGGGUCAUCGACAUCGUCAUGCAGCGGAUGACCAUUGUCAACCUGGAGGCCGACAUGGAGCGACUCAUCAAGAAAAGGGAGGAGCUGUUCCUCCUGCAGGAGGCGCUGCGCCGGCGGCGGGAGCGGCUGCAGGCGGAGAGCCCGGAGGACAAGGGGCUGCAGGAGCUGGCCGAGGAGAUGGAGGCGCUGGCGGCCAACAUCGACUACGUCAACGACGGCAUCUCCGACUGCCAGGCCACCAUCGUGCAGCUGGAGGAGACCAAGGAGGAGCUGGACUCCACAGACACGUCCGUGGUCAUCAGUUCCUGCUCCCUGGCCGAGGCCCGCCUCCUGCUGGACAACUUCCUCAAGGCGUCCAUCGACAAGGGGCUGCAGGUGGCCCAGAAGGAGGCCCAGAUCCGGCUGCUGGAGGGACGGCUGAGGCAGACGGACGUCGGGGGCUCCUCCCAGAACCACCCGCUCCUGGACGCGCUGCGCGAGAAGGCGGAGGCCCACCCGGAGCUGCAGGCGCUCAUCCAGAACGUGCAGCAGGAGAACGGCUACGCCAGCACCGAUGAGGAGGUCUCGGAGUUCUCCGAGGGCAGCUUCUCCCAGUCAUUCACCAUGAAGGGUUCCUCCAGUCACGACGAUUUCAAGUUCAAGGGCGAGCCCAAGUUGUCCGCCCAGAUCAAGGCCGUGUCCGCCGAGUGCCUGGGGCCCCCGCUGGACGUCUCCAAGAACAUCACCAAGUCGCUGGCCUCGCUGGUGGAGAUCACGGAGGACGGCGCGGGCUUCUCCCUCCGAGACCCCCUCCUCCGGGACAAGGUCUCGCGCACCGUCAGCCUGCCCACCCGAGGCAGCACCUUCCCCCGCCAGUCCCGAGGCGCCGACACCUCCCCCCUGACCCGGAGGAAGUCCUACGACCGGGGACAGCCCGCCAGGUCCGCAGACGUGGGGUCCACGCCGCCCCCGUCCCCUCCCACCCGGCCACGCAAUGACCGCAACGUCUUCUCCCGCCUCACCAGCCACCAGAGCCAAGGGUCGGCGCUGGACAAGUCUGACGACAGCGACUCCUCUUUGUCGGAGGUCCUGAGGGGCAUCAUCUCGCCGGUCGGGGGAGCCAAGGGUGGACGGACGGCCCCGCUGCAGUGUGUCUCGAUGGCCGAGGGCCACACCAAGCCCAUCCUCUGCCUGGACGCCACGGACGAGCUGCUCUUCACGGGGUCCAAAGACCGCAGCUGCAAGAUGUGGAACCUGGUCACGGGGCAGGAGAUCGCGGCCCUGAAGGGCCACCCCAACAACGUGGUGUCCAUCAAGUACUGCGGCCACUCGGGGCUCGUGUUCUCCGUGUCCACCUCCUACAUCAAGGUGUGGGACAUCCGGGACUCGGCCAAGUGCAUCCGGACCCUCACGUCCUCGGGCCAGGUGAUCUCAGGGGACGCCUGCGCGGCCGCGUCCACCCGCACCAUCACCAGCGCCCCGGGGGAGCACCAGAUCAACCAGAUCGCCCUCAGCCCCUCGGGCACCAUGCUGUACGCCGCCUCCGGCAACGCCGUCCGCAUCUGGGAGCUCGGCAGGUUCCAGCCCGUCGGCAAGCUGACCGGCCACAUCGGGCCCGUGAUGUGCCUGACGGUCACCCAGACGGCCAGCCAGCACGACCUGGUGGUGACCGGCUCCAAGGACCACUACGUCAAGAUGUUCGAGCUGGGGGAGUGCGUGGCCGGCACCAUCGGCCCCACCCACAACUUUGAGCCGCCGCACUACGACGGCAUCGAGUGCCUGGCCAUCCACGGGGACGUCCUCUUCAGUGGCUCCCGGGACAACGGCAUCAAGAAGUGGGACCUGGAGCAGCAGGAGCUCAUCCAGCAAAUCCCCAACGCGCACAAGGACUGGGUGUGCGCCCUGGCCUUCGUCCCGGGCCGCCCCAUGCUGCUGAGCGCCUGCCGGGCCGGCGUCAUCAAGGUCUGGAACGUGGACAACUUCACGCCCAUCGGCGAGAUCAAGGGCCACGAGAGCCCCAUCAACGCCAUCUGCACCAACACCAGGCACAUCUUCACCGCCUCCAGUGACCUGACAGUGAAGCUCUGGAGCGUCCGGCGGUUACCCCGGGGCGCCCCCUAGGACUGAGGUCAGAGGACAGCCCCGGCCCUUGGCCCCAGCAGCCCGCACCACACAGAGGGGACGCCGCGGCCGCGGGGCCAGCUGCCCUGGGGACAGGGUGUGGGUGGUGGCCACGCCCCCCACCCCGUCCUCCUCGCCCUCCCUGGACCUUCCCACCAUGGACGCCGACCCCCGUCUUGGGGGCAGACAUGGGGGGGAUUUAAGCUGUGACACCGGAGGGCAUUUCCCCUCUUGCUCCUCUCCUGCGGCCCCACCCCCCCUGCACUGGCCACACUGGCCCCUGCUGAGCUGGCCCAGCCCUUCCUGGAGCCCUGGGCCCGGGGGUGGCCCUGCAGGGGGGGCGAGGCAGCCCCCGCACUCCAGCCCAGCCUCUGGACCACGGCUCCCGCUGCGUCUGAGCCCUAAACAUCGUCCUCAGGUAACCAUGGAAACCGUGUUGGCAGCUGGGCCCCCAGCGCCUUGGCCAUGAACCCCCACUCUCUGCUGACUCUGGCGACCCUCGGGGACCCGUGCCAAGGGCCGAGGCGGGGCUGCUGGAAGGACUCCCCUGGGCCGAGGCUCAGACGGGCUUCAGUUAUUUAUUCUAGCGUUCGCUCUUGCCUCCUGGAAGCUGACUUGAAGUUUCUUCCACGUGCUCCGUCCGUCCCUCUGCGCUGGGGGCCAGGAACCCACCAGCCCCCUCCCUGUGGCCGUGCAGGGGAGGGAAAUGCCCCCCUCGGCUGUGCAGCCCAGGCCGUCCCUGCAGCACCCCAGGGCCCCCCGUGCACCCGGUCCCAGCUGCCUGGAGGUUCCAGUGCCUUCCUCCGCCCACCGGGCCCGGCGCCCGCCCUGGGCAGCCCGACACCAGCCUCGCCGGGGGGAGGGGGGACAGCACCACCUGUGUCUUCUCACGCCUGCUGCCCUGGAAGGCAGGGUGCCCCGCCCAGAGCCCAGGGCCUGCCAGGGCCCCCUCCCCAGAGUCCCUCCUGGGCCACGUGGGCAGCAGCUCGGGGGGCCGUGGCCAGCAGGAAGCCACCUGAUGGUCCCCAGUCCCUCCCGUCCUCCCCUGAAGGGGCGGGAAGUCCCUCACUCCUUCCCUCUGUUGAGUAUUCAGGAGACAUUCUCAAGCCUUAACACUGGCGUGGGCCGGGGCCCCCUCCGGGAGAGCGGUGCCGGGUUCACCAGGGGCUGGGGGCUCCGCCCAGGGAUGGCGUUGACCUGAGUGCGGCCCCUGCUGGGGCACCUCGGCAUCCACGGCUCCUGCGCCCCGGCCUGUGCUCCGCUUCAAGGACGCUUCUCCACUCGGUGCUGCCCGCCUCAGUGUGGGGCCAGGAGCCCAGCCCUGCUCAGAGGACGGGGACCCGGGGCCCCCCGGCGACGGCUCUGUUCGCCCCGGCACCUCCUCCGUCUGGCUGGGGUGCCUCCGCGGCCUGGCCCAAGGCAAGCCUGCCCCGACAGGGAACAGCACCUGCUGGGGCCGGAGCGACGCAGCCUGCCCCCUCCUGCCCCCACCCUGCUCGGAGCCCUCCCCAGUCUGAGAAUGCUGCUCUGCGCGGGUGGCCCCGCUGGACGCAGUGGUGACGUCUCCGUGAGCCUCUGUGCAGGCUGGACGCGCCCUCGUGGGCCCCUAGGACCAUCUGUCUCCCACACUGGACCCUCCCUUCCAGCCGCCAGGGGUGCCCGGCAAUGCCCCCGGGUCCGUCCCCGCCCCGGCCUCUCCCCGCCUGAGCUGGAAGCGCCGACCCGUAAGGAAGACUCGCCUGCCUGACUUCGCAGGCUGCAGAAACAGACAGACUGCCCCCACGUCACCCCGUGGCGGGGCGGCCGGCGUCCUGCUGGGGGGGCCCUGUGGCCCGCCAGGUGCCCCCCCCCCACCCAUUGCCGAUGGCGUGCUACCUCACCGCCGGCGGCUCUGCUGUCCCUGCGCGGCACCGACCUGACACUUGAAGUCUCCCUGAGCCGAGCCCCGCAGCGGUGGCAGCAGCCCAGCCCCUCCCUCGUGGGGCCCAAGGUACUCGGCUGGGGGCCGGCCCCCCGGCCUCGUGGCACAAGCACCCCCGUGUUGGAAGCACAAACUGGUCGUGGUUUGAGCACAAGGCAGGUGGCCCGUGCUCUCUGGGCCCAGGCGGCUCCAUGGGACAUG